CGUUUUGUUUAUCCAAUAUAAUUAAGUUUGUGCUUGCUUGGUAAAAUUCAAAAUAAGUUUAUUGAAGUCUCUUAAUCCUUACAAAAUAUAUAAAAGAACCGAAAUGGGGGAAACCACUUAUCCAGAUCUGGAGAAAAUGUGUAGAUUGUGUUUACGCAUUUUGGAUCAAUCAGAACUCGUCGAAAUUUUUCCACAAAGUGGAGCCUCCACAGACAGCACCACGGUGCAGCUGUCAAUACCAAUGCGUAUUAUGGCGUGUGCCGCUUUGGAAGUACAAACAGGCGAUGGAUUGCCCAAAUCAAUAUGCACAGAAUGCCGUUACCAAUUGGAAAAAUCAUACUAUUUUCGCAAACGUAAUCAACAAUCCGAUAGCAAAUUGCGCAAGCAUAUACGUCUUCUAAAUUUGGGUAAAAAGAGUCGUGUAUUUGAGAAAACGGAAGACGACGAUUUUGAAGAUGAACUGGAGUUCGAGGAUUCUAUUAAAUUUAUACAGAAAAUUGAGGACGAAAAGAAAGCUUCAGAAACGGCUGUAUGGGAACAAAAAUCACAGAAAGAGCUUGCUGAAAAGAUUGCUCAAGCCAAAAGAGAAUGUAUUGAAAAAUAUAGAAUGGAUAUUCGGGAUGAAGUAGCAAUUGAGUUACGUAGUGCCGUUAUAGCUGAAGUGAAGGAAGAAUUAAGAGGUGAAAUGGAACAGGAAUUACGGACGGCUCUACGCGAAGAAUGUUUGGAGCAGGCAAAAGAAGAACUGCGCAUGGAUGUAAUGGCAGAAUGUCGUGAACAAGAACGAAUUACAUUAUUAGACGAUUUGCAGUCUUUUUUAAAUACCAAAAGAGGAGCAAACUUGGCGACUAAAACUGACACAUUAAUAGUUUCAACAGUUAUUGAGCAGCCUGAAGAAACAAAAAUACAACAGCAAAAGGAAACAAGCGAAAUUGUAAGAAUCGUGGAGAAAAGAUUAUCAGCAUCCCCAGUUAAAGGCGAAAUCGUUAAUAAUGAUAUCUGUGCAGAGACAGAAGCCGAUGCCGAUGCUGAUGCCGAAGAAGAGCCAGAAUUCUAUUUAAUAGAGUCAAUUAACAGCCAAGAAGGUGAAGGCUCCGUGGUGUCCGAAAAGUCAUCCAGGAAACGUCAAAAGAUAGAUAAGAGUCAACGGUUCGAGUAUUUCGAGGAUAGAUUAGGAAGUGGAAAUUUUCGUUUAACAGCCUCGGAAAGUAGUAGUCAUGAGCCCGGCACGGAAUCAUAUCACAUUGCAGAUGCAGGUGAUGUUCAAUAUUACAAAAAAAGUUCAAAAAACGUUGACGAAGAUGGCGAAUGUGAGGAAAUGGAGGGGGAGGAUGACGGUGAUAAUGAGGAAGGUGUUAUUGUUUUUAAUUUCUCUGAUGACAUUGAGGGCGAACAAGUCGAGUCCAUGGAUUUUGCAGAUCUCAAGAAACUAUACGUAAUGAAGUCGUCAAAGCCAGAGCAAAGUGUCGACGAGGAGAAUGAUGUGACCAAAUCAGACGCCAAACCGACGUUUACAAAACAAAUAGGGGUAGACGGCACAAAUACCGUCGAGUUGGGCAAUACCGUUGAAUUUCCCGUGCAUCUGCGAAAAACGGAUACACCGAAGACAUUCAAAUGCGAUUCAUGUCCCAUGGUUUUUUCCACCAGCAAUGCGAUGAAUCGUCACCUGCGCACACAUCUCAAAGGCGAACAGCGCGGCAUAACCUACCAGUGUUCGGUGUGUCUUGUAUAUUUAUCCUGCAAAAGCGCGCUCAAUCGUCAUAUGAUCAUACAUACGGGCGAAAAGCCACAUGUGUGUGACGAAUGUGGCAAAUCAUUUGUACAACGUGAAGUGCUAAAGCGACAUAUGUUAACUCAUACCGGCGCCCGGCCACACAAGUGCGCACAUUGCCGACGUACGUUUACGCAAAAGAACAAUUUGAUCAAUCACAUAAACCGAGCGCACUCAGAAGUGCCAAUGGGACAACAAUACUCUUGUCAUCUCUGCCCGAAACGUUUCAGCCACACAUCGGGUCUUAGUCGACAUCUGGUAACGCAUACUGGCUUGACAUUUCAAUGUACCGAAUGUAAGCGAAAAUUCGCCGAUCGCUCAUCGGUCAAAAGACACAUCGUAAAUGUGCAUGGCGUGCGGAAGAAUGCAGCAAUAGAAAGUGUGAAAAAAUCGAAUGGUGGGACAUCGGAUUUAGAAUUUUACUCCGUUGAAUGUGUCGAUAGCGUUGAAACAAGCGAAGAAAACGGUGCAGCAUUUUUGGUAUGAUCGUUUUAGUAAUUAUUUAAUUUUCUUUACUAUUAUUGUAUUAUUUUGCCGGAAGCACUUUUGAGCGUUUAACUUGAUUAAGAGGCCAUCAACUUGUUACGUGCAGUAACAAUUUAUUUUAUUUUUUUAUACAUCAAUUUGUUGAUAAGUAGUUGUAAUUUAUAGAAUUUGAAUUAUUUCAAAUAUGUAUUUCGUUUGUACAAAAAUUAAAACGAUAAAAAAAAAUUAAAAUUUCGUCGACUUCAUUCUUGCCUGCAUUGCAAUUUCGCUAUGAUAUUGGAAAACGUUCGUUUGAAAACAUUAUUCUCUAAAUAAUCCCUGAGGCUUUUUAACAAAUUUAUUUCUUCCGGACCCUAAUUUACUUCCUAGGGUGACCAAGAAAACCAUUUUUACUACAAUUCGCCUUACCAAAACAAUGUUUGCUUACACUCGUACACUCUCGUAUAAAAAUGUUAAUGGCUGCUAUGUAUAGCAAACAUUAAUAUUUCGUAUGUGACUAAACUUGGAAUAGUAAUAGGUAUUAUAUAAUACAAAUAAAUUACAUUAAAAAUUUAAAUCGUUUAGUUUUAAGAAUUUUUAAAAGCAAUUUUUUUUUUGUAAAACUAAUUUUUCACAACAAAUGUAAACAAAUCAUUAUGCACCAAUGACAAUGUCAACAUUGGAAUGACACAUCACUGGCACCCUGCAGCUCAACACAAACAAUUUUGACGUUAAAUCGUGUUCAUAAACAAACAGUGUUUAAAUUUAAUUUUAAAAUGAGAUAACAAACACAUUUUUAAGAUUUUAAUAAAUAUGCAAUUUUUUCUAUUUAUGUAAUCAUUUAUGUAGAAUUAAGAUUUGUAUAUGUAUGUUUUCCAACAUAUACAUACAUACACAAACGCACAUGUGUACAAUUAACAAUUGAUUUUCUUAUUCUCACAGAAGCUGUUAAAACGUUAAAUUGUAUUAAAUUGUAUAUAAAUAACUAAACAUUAUCAAUACGCAUAUUACAAUAUAUUUGAAACAUUUACUUGUAUGUAUAUGUAUAUAAAUAUGUAGCUUAGGCGAAAUUCCUAACUAACUAUUCGUACAACAAUGCAAAAAUUGUAAAUUUGAGAAACUCAUACAACUACAGGGCUUACGCAAUACUUUUGCUAGAACAAAUUUCCGAUAUUUUUGGAAUUUUCUUAUGUAAAAAAACAAGAAACAAUAAUGGAAAACAAAACAAAAAACAAAUUUAUAAUAAAUGACAUGCAUACAAUA